UGUUUAGACCGAUGCGCACGAGACAAAAAAGAAAAGGAUACAUUUGAUAAUCUUAUUGCACAUGUUAUGAGUUACGGCAAAAGAUAUAAAAUAAAUAACGAUAUUGAUGCCGUUGUCUACGAUCCAUUGAACUUAGCUCGUAUAUUGAGUGAUAUAAAAUUGAAUAGUAAUACAAUUAGAGAUAACCAAGGGGAACACACUCCCCUUGCUCUUAAAUUUGAUAACAAUGUAAGUACAAAUGAAGAGUUUCAACCUGUGACAAAGCCUGUUACGAACGUCGAUAGCAAUGAACGUGCACAUAAAGAAAUAAGGCAAGAAAUUGACCAAGUUUUAAAGGAGUUACAAAACGCUAAAAAGGUUGUUUUUGACACUGAAAAUGUACAACAAAGUGAUCACAAUGAGAAAUUCCAAAGUGCUAAGCCUAUUAAGUUCAUCGAUUUGGUCCUCGAAUUUGCAACAAAGAUAAAAAAUGCAACGUCAAUCAAACUCUCUAAUAACGCAGAUGCAAAGGCAAGUAUUGCCAACAAGAAUAUUAAUAAAAAUAAACAAAAAAAAGCAUCCAAUUCUAAAAAUUUCAGUUUACAAGAGCCUAAAAAAGUGCGUUAUCCACAGAAAAAACACGAAGGCGCUUUAGACCAUUUACACAAAAUUGUCCGAUCUGGUCCCAAACGUAAAGUCGACAGUCGAAAUAAAAAACAAGAUGACGAUAAUCAAAAAAAAAAUCGUAAUGGUGGAAUGGACUUCGCUAAUGAUGUAAUAGAGUCUUUACAAGAUUACCUUUACGCUCGGAGAAAGAGCAGAGAAAAACGAAUAACAGAUGAUGAACACGACUUUCACCAUCCACAUCCGAAACACAGAUUGUUACCAUUGACGAAAAAGCAGAAGAAAAAAAGACUGAAUGGACAGGUCAGCAGAAGUCUUAUAAAGUUCCGUCGAAACUUGCUAAGUGACAAAGUUGAAACUUAUGGGGCUCCGUUUGAGCUCGACAUUAAGGGGAUGGGGCAAGUCAAUUUUAUGAAAGCUGUACAGUUACUGAAUGUGUAAUCUGACCUUUCCACUUUGAUACGUUUUACCCAAAGUAUUUAUAGAGUAGACGCCACAACUAAUGUGGGCAAUACCUGCUGAUCACUGCGAUGCAAACAAAUCUCUAUAGUUUUCAGUAUUUACAAUAUCAACGCCAAAACAAAUCAAGUUCGCUGCAACUUACAAUUAUAAGCUGUUUUUUUUUUGACAAUAAAAAUAGUCUUUCCAAAGAUUUAUUUGAACAUAUUGCACCACACUGUUGGGCGCUUGAUACGCGUGCAAUCGUGUCUGUAAGCACAAUAUCGCCGGUAUUUGCUCUAAGGUAUGUGAUCGCAUUUCGAAUUUCAAGGUGCUGCUUUUACUACGUUACUACCAUAAUAUUACAAUAUGUUCCCAACAGUAGCGCAGCCUUUCAUGCUUUGCGAUACCACUGUACGUUCUUGUGGUGGUCAUAGUCAGAUAUCACAAAACAAUAAAUACAAUAGAAAUGGUUAAGUAGCGUCAGACGCGUGCCAAAAGGCCGAAAGCCUAUC